AGACUCCAUUCAGAAAUAUCGACUUCACAUCCAUUUGUAAGAUUAUCCAUCUGUGUUGAGCUGCUAAGGAAAUAAGCAGCCUAAUUGUUUCCAUCCUCGUCACUAGGGUGAAUACUUCAUCAUAGCCGAGCUUUAUAUCGCUGAACUUCACCUUCAACAUUUGUUUUCUUCUUGUACACCCAUUUUACACCAAUAGGCCGAGUUCUUUUGGGUAGAUCGGUUAGCUCCCAUGUGUUGUUGCGUUCGAUUGCUUUGAUCUCCUCAUUCAUCGCCCUCUGCCACUUCUCCUCCUACACGACCUCUUCAAAACUCAAGUCUUUUGAAUAUGCAAGGAAAUAUAUAACAUGUACUUCGUCAAUGGAGUUAUAUAUGUCUUGUAAGCUUCACGCUCUAGGCUGUAGAGGUUUAUCUUCUUCAUCAAAAGUCUCACGAUCCUUCACAACAGGUGAUGUAUGUAUUUUCGAGCUUCUAGACUUCUUCUUUGAGUUUUUCCACUUCCACUUGCUCUCUUCAUCAAUUUGAACAUCUCGACCCAUAAUCACCUUCUUUGUUAUUGAGUUGAACAAACUAUACACCUUGGUUUUUCAUCGUACCUAAUAAAUACGUACUUCUUGAUCUGAUAUUCAAGUUUGGUCAUUUGUUGAGUUGGAACAUGACCAUAAGAAUUGUUGUCAAACAUUUUGAGGUGACACACACUCGACUUUCUUACACUCCAGACUUCUUUCAUCAGAAUCGAGUAGCCUUUCCAUUAGCUGGCCCAUGCUCAAUAUGUUGCUCUUGAGAUCGGGUACAUAGUACACGUCUCUAAUUUCUCCAACUCGGCUAUUCUUCUAUAGGUACCAGAUUGUACCACGACCCUUUACUGCCAUCUUUGAUGCAUCUCCAAAUUACAUGUGCCCGACAUCAACUUGGGUGAACUCCUUAAAAAGAUUCUGAUCCCUACACAUGUGGUUGCUUGCUCCUGUAUCAAGGUACCAAACUGAGUUGUCAGAACAACUCAGACUUAGCUCAGCACCUGAUCUCCUGCACACCAUUAAUACUCCUUCUUUCUCAGCGUCGUUUGAAAGGAAGUUUGUUUCCUUCUUACUUUCAAAUCAGUAGUCCUUUGCGAAAUGUCCAACCUUCCCACAAUUGUAACAUUUAACUCCUAGGUAGCAGUCUUUGGCAAAAUGACCAUACUUCCCACGUUUGAAGCACACAACUCCUAAGUUGUUCAACUGAGGUCCUCGGCCUCUACCACCACGACCUCCACCUUGUCCUUAUGCCAGUUUUGUUGGCCAACUUGUUCUUGACCACUUUCAUAUCCUCCUUUGCCCCUACCACCUCAGCCUCAGGUGUUCUGAGUAUAAGGAACCUUCUUCUCCCUAAUGGUUGCCUUUGCUUGGAGUGCUUGAUCAAGGGACUCUUCCUUCUUCUUCCUUCUCCACUGCUUAUGCGCUUCAAGUGACCUGACAAGCUCUUCCACCAAGAGCGUUGUCAAGUCCUUGGAUUCCUCUACUGCGUAAACUAUAUUCUCAAGUCGUUGGUUAACGACCUCAAGAUUUUCUCCACCACUCGGCAAGUGAGCAACGUCCCUCUAUUUCUACCGAGCUGAUUCACUACGGUCUCUACUCGAGAGACGUACUCGACAACCCCUUCAGCUUCCUUCAUCCUCGUCCUUUAAAGCUCGCCUCUAAGAGUUUGAAGUUGGACUUAAUUCACACGGUUAUCCCCUUUGUAUGUCUUCUCCAGAAUAUCCCACGCUUCUUUUGAAGACAUAUCAUUUGUUAUCUUCUCAAAGCCAGACUCAUCAACAACUCGGUACAACACAUAUAAAGUCAUUUUGUCCUUUGCUCGUGUUGUUUUUAACAUAGCAAGUUGGGCUAUAAUCAGUUCUCCAACGUCAUCUGGUUCUUGGUGCCCAUUUUUUACCACCUCCCAUGCUUCUUGGGAACCAAGAAGAGCCUUCAUUUGUAGGCUCCAGUUAUCAUAACUUACACCUUUUGAUAACUCUGAUAGGGGCAUGCUGUUAGCUAAGCUGACCAUCUCGAUCAAACUCUCUAACCCACUCAGACACUCAGGUUCUUAAGCUCUGAUGCCAAUUUGUUACAAAUAAGUCUCUCAGGAUAAAUACUCUCUAUAUUCAAAUUUGUUGUAUUUUACAAUGAAGCACUACAUGGUCCUUUUAUAGGCCUUUGGACAUGAUCCUUCAACUAUAUUCAUUAAAUAUAACAACUACCUAAACCAAAAUUAAUGAACUCUAUUGCAUGCUUAAUCAAUACUAGACCCACUCUCAACCAUUUGCAAUCUCCUAGACAAUUAAUAUAACAACUUCCAACUACCCGCAUUUAAGUUUACCCAACACUGGUGCAUAAAUAGUGGAAAAUUGUAUAUUCAAGGUCUGCGAGUACAUGUGGUGCACUUGUUUCAUUGGUCAAAUAUAUCCAUAUUAGUAGUGUUCCCUUUCCGUUUUGAUUAUUCUGAGACGUGCAACAAUAUGGGUUGCUUGGUGGUUCAAUUAAUUUUGCCACAUUUUCGAAUUGGAUCAUCCUGCUACGUAAUUCCUUCCCACACUUGCAGUUGACUUACUAAAUUGGUGUAAGAGGGAUUGAAUACAAUUUUUGCUGCAUAGGCAUUUCAAAGGGUUUAUGGCACGCCCAAUGGGUUCACAUAGUACUCCAACUAGAAUUCGUAGUCAAAUUCUCUCUAACCUGACGAGCAUGAUGAGGCAUUGAGGGAGGAUCCAACGUUGAUGCAAUCUUAAGGAGAAAGAUAUCUACAUUUAGCUUAACAUCAUUAGAAAAGGAGAAGGAGAGCCUUAGAACAACCCAACGGAAGGCGCUCAGAGACGACAAGUAGGUGCCCAACGCAAAUUUCAUAACAAAUGUUUUCACAACCUACGUGCAUGUCGCUCAACGACAAGAUGGCGAACAUUGCACCUGAUUUGGCAAAGUCAAUAUUAGAGAAAUUGAUUAAUGCAACACUGGAACAAUCACGCUAUAUUUUUUGCUUAACAUGCAUUACUGAGGACUUUGAAAAGGAAAGGGAAAAUUUGAUAGCAAAAGAGGAAACAGUGAAAGAGCGUGUUAGAGCAGCAAAUAGAAGAGGCGAUAAGAUACAAAGAGAUGUUGUACUUUGGCAAAAACAGGCUAAAGACCUUCUUGAAGAAGACACCAAAAAGAAAGUGACAUGUUUUUUUGGAUGGUGUCCUAAUUGCAAGCGACAAUAUAGUAGGGGGAAGGAAUUGGAAAGCAAGACAAAGGAGAUUAAAAGACUCAUCAUGGAGAGCAACUUUGAAACUGUUGGAAUCAUUCGUGAUGUUCCAGGCACUGAAUAUCAUUCUUCUCAAAAUUACAUUUCUUUUAAAAGUAGAGAGUCGAAAAUUGAAGAACUUUGUAACGCAUUGAGAGAUCACAACAAGUAUAUGAUUGGAUUGCAAGGGAUGGGGGGCACAGGUAAAACAACAUUAGCAAAAGAGAUGGGCAAGAAACUUAAGCAAUCCAAUAUUUUUGAUCAAGUUGUUGAUACCACAGUAUCUAAUACCCCUAAUACAAAAAAGAUUCAAGAUGAAAUUGCAGGACCCUUAGGAUUGUCAUUGGAGAAUUGUACUGAAUCAGAGAGGCCUAAAAGGCUAUGGAAUAGAUUAACCGAUGGUGAGAAAAUUCUUGUAAUUCUUGAUGAUGUGUGGGGAGAUAUCAGUUUUGAAGAAAUAGGUAUUCCAUAUAAGGACAACCAUAAGGGUUGUAGAAUUCUUGUGACCACUCGCGAUGUAAACAUAUGCCAUAAGAUGGAAUGUGAGGAGACAAUUCAACUUGAUAUUUUACCUGAGGAAGAUGUAUGGAAAUUGUUCCAAAAGCAUGCUGGUUUAAAUGAUAGUUACCCCAAAAGUGUUCUUGAUACAGGUCGCAAAAUUUCUAAAGAAUGUAAAGGAUUGCCAAUUGCAAUUGUAGUUAUCGCCGGUAGUUUAAAGGGCAAGCGACAUCUAGAACAAUGGGAUGUAGCUUUAAAAUCCUUGCAAAAUUUCAAAAGCGUAGCUGGUGAUGAUGAAAAUAAGAGAAAGAUUUAUUCAUGUCUGAAGUAUAGUUAUGACAAUAUGCAAAACAAAACAGCCAAGAAAUUAUUCCUUUUAUGUUCUUUGUUUCGAGAAGAUGAAGAAAUAUAUGAAGAACUUUUGGUCAGGCUUGCCAUAGGAGGGGGUCUCAUCGAGAAAAAUAAUGAUGAUUACAAUUACGAUGCAUAUCGUAAGGAAGUUAUUGCAGCAAAAUAUGAACUCAUAGAUUCAUGUUUAUUAUUGAAUUGUGCAUCUAGAAAAGUCAAAAUGCAUGACUUGGUUCGUGAAGUGGCUUUAUGGAUAGCUAAUAAAGAGAUUCUGGCAGUGAAUACAUCUAAGAAAAAUGAAAUGACAAUGGUUGACAAGGGGAAGCAUAUUGAAUAUUUAUUAUGUGAAGGCAGAAGCAUGGACGUGUUUUCCUUGAAGUUUGAUGCAUCUAAACUUGAUAUUCUAAUAGUCUACUUGAACGGAAAUUUUCAUGCAGAAGUCCCAAAUUCAUUCCUUGAAAAUAUGAUAAGUCUUCGAGUUUUGUAUUUAUCAAACAUGACCUAUGGAGCUUCGAAAGCAACUUUGUCAUUACCACAAUCAAUUCAAUUGUUAACCAAUCUUAAAUCUUUAUACCUUGAAAGUUUCAUCUUAGGUGACAUCUCUAUUUUUGGAAACCUACACGGUCUUGAGACACUCGAGUUAGUUACAUGUCAGUUAGAUAAACUGCCAAGAGAGAUUAUAAAAUUGGUAAAACUUAAACUGUUAAUGUUGAGUUACUGUGACGUCGUAGCGUACGAUUUCUUUGAAAUAAUUGUACGUUGCACUUCAUUGGAAGAGUUGUAUUUCGUUCAUCGUGAUUUUUCAGAAACGUGUCAUAGUGUAAAGCUUCCUAACUAUCAAAGGUUUUGUAUAUCAGAAUAUUUUAAUUCAUCCCGUUCCGAAUGGUUUUUAUGGAGUUCCAUAGAACUGUCCGAGGCUGAUAGCGUUUUUUCUGAAGAGACAUUCAAGAAUCUAGUGCAAAAAGCAGAAAUUGUUUCUUUAAAGAGACUUCAAGGAGUAUGGAAAAAUCUGAUACCUGAGAUUGUUUCUCCUGACGAUGAAGGUAUGACUAAUCUAGUUGAGAUUGGUUUGAAAGACAUUUCCACAAUGAGAUGUCUAAUUGACAAUACUGAUUCUCUUUCUCAAAGUGUCUUAUCCAGGUUGGUUAACCUUGAACUUAGAACAAUGGAAAAUUUGAAAGAAAUAUGCAAUGGACCCCUUCCCUUUGAACUUCUGAAAAAUUUAGAAUAUUUCAUUCUAUAUGAUUGCAUGCAUUUAGAAGGCUCAUUGUUUAAGAGCAAGAUAUCGCUCUGCCAUCUUAAACAGUUGUAUAUAGAAGGUUGCCCAAUGUUGACAUCUCUUUUUGAGUGGUCGACCACACAAAGCCUAUUGUUAUUGGUGGAAUUGCAUAUAUCAAAUUGUGAACAACUGAAAAGCAUAGUAAGAGAUGAAAACAGAAGAAAAGAUUCAAUAGAAGAAAUAGUGGAUGAUAGUAUUAUUUCAAGGUUUCCAAAUUUAACCACUCUUGAAAUCUGGGAGUGUCCUCAAUUACUUUUUAUAUUUCCUAUGGCUUUCACUCGAAAUAUUCCAAAACUCGAAAGAAUUAAUGUAUUCAGGUGUGAUGGGUUGAAAUACUUAUUUGGUCCAUACCAACAUAAGCAUGAAGAGGAAGAUUUAUACGAGGAAUUAAAAGACGUCAUAUUCACUAAUCUAGAACUAAUGAUUCUAGAAGACUUGCCCAAUUUUGUGGAUAUUUUUCCAAAAUGUGGUGAGUCAAAGUGUUUACCAGUGAAGAGGUCAACUUCCAAAGAUGAGACCAAGGCACAAAUAGAAUCAAACCCCAUGAAAUGUAAAAUCUUACAUUGGAUCGAUAAAUGUAGAAUCAAAAGGGGAACUACCAAAAUUCCUUUGGGUUCAAAGAAUCAAUUGCAAGACUCUUCUCUCUCACCGGUAAAUGAGUCCAAUGCAAAUGAUGUGAUUCCACAAGAUAUGAGCUUGACUUUGACAAACAUUGGAAUUGAUGUGAGCUCCAACAUUUUUGUCACUCUACAAAACUUUACAGAGUUAACGAUUGAAGGAUAUGUAAAAGCUAAAGUAUUAUUCUGUGCUUCUAUGCUGGAAUGCUUUCCGUAUUUGCAUACACUUGUCAUAUCUGGAUGCAAUGAAUUAGAACAGAUAAUUGGUGAGGAUACAAAGAAUCAAAGAAAGCCAUUUUUCCCAAGGCUGAAACUACUUGCCAUAAACAAAUGCAACAAAUUGAAAUGCAUCUUUCCCAUUUCAACCUCCAAAAUGCUUCCCAAUUUAGAAGUUUUGAUAAUCAUACAAGCAUGUAUGCUAGAGGAAGUAUUCAAAGGGAACAGUGAUGAAAAGGUUGAGAUUCCAAAUCUGAAAAUUGCAGUAUUUGCUGAACUUCCAAGCCUUCGACAGGAGAUUCAAUUUCUUACUGUAAAACAUUGUAUUGUGAAGAAUUGCCCAAAACUUUCCUUGUCUUCAUCCCUUCAAAGUUCCCACGAUUUUCGUACUUCUAUCGCAGGAUCUUUGGGAGGAGAUAUCCCAUUUAUAUUAGAUAAAGUGCUUGGUGAGCUUGAUGAAAUGAUUCGCAAUGAGAAUGCAAGGACUGAAGACUCUGCAAGUGGGAUUGAAGUUGGAACAACAUUAUUGGAAGGGAGUGAGUUGACUUCAUCACACAACAAUGAUGAAGACAAGAAACAUCAUGAAAAUGGCAUUGAAUCAAAAGAGUUGGAGGAUGCAGUGAAACAAAGCAGAGAAAGAGUAGAGGAAGAACAACAAAUUCUUGGAAAAGCUCCUCCUUUUGGGAUAUCAUCAAUGCCAAUAUCACAAGAAAAUGAAGAAGGACAAAACAUGGAGCCUGCUACAAACAAAGAUGUUAAUGAUGGAGAUUUUGAGGGAACAUCUAACACAGUGGUUAUCCAUUCUGAGAGUAGUAAUGCUCCAGGGUCUGAAGUAACAAAUCAGCAUAUAAAGAACAUAUUACAGGAGACAAUGGAUGAUCUUCAUGAAGACCCUAAAACCAGAGAGAGCAAUCAAAAUGAAAUGACAAAAGUCACUGAAGACUUUCCAUCUGAUACUAAACCUCAAGUAGCAUCAGGGAGUGAGUUGACUUCAUCGCAGUAUCUUGAAGAAAGAGUAGAGCAAAGAAAUGAAGAGAGUCCAUUAUCUGAAAAAUCCUUAAAAUCAACACUUUCCAGUUAUCCAAAAAUAAGGGAAACGCCACGUGAACCAGUUCUUACUCCACCACAAAAGGAAAGCAAGAGAAAAUUUGAAGAAGGAACUACUUCAAACUUGGCUGAAACAAUAACAUUGUCCACUGACUCAGAAUCAGAACAUGGUGCAGGACAAAUAUCCCUACCUUCGUUUUCAAAUGUUGGUGUUGGAGACAUUCAAAAAGCUUCUGAGUCAACUAUUGCACUUUUUGAGACUAAAAAUUCUCCAGAGAACCUUUCUCAGAUCACAGAAGAUUCAACUUUCACUUCUGUUAUCAGAAGAGAGCUCGAGAAACUGGUCUCAAAUAAGCAUUUGGCUUUGGAGAACCAACCUUUGUUGGUUGAUUUUCUUGUGAAACAUCCUUCAGUUCGUUUAACAGACAACACAGUGAGUGAUAGAUACAAGGGUUUUGCUUACACUUGUCUUGCUGAGCUUCUGAAAUUCCUGCAAACUCAUAGUGUGUUGGAUGUAUUGGGGUCAAGCCACUCUGAAUUUGUGGAGCUAUUGCAAGAUAUGCGUAGAUUUUCUUUUGAUAGAGUUUGGUUGGAUGGUGUUGAAAGACGUGCCUUGUUUCCUGGGUUACUACUGUCUCAAGAUGCAUUACAAAAAUUGUCGCACUCAAAGAAUACUUUGAUUCAACAUUUGGAAGAAGUUAAGGAUCAAUUGGAGUUGAGCAUCACUGAGCAAGAAGAACAAGUUUUACGAGUCAAAGCCACUUUGAGCACCCCACUUGGCUAUUAGAUAAUUGCUUUUCUUCAUCUUUCUCCAUUGUUGAAUCUUGCUUGUGUUAAAACUUUGCUUGCUCUUUUUCAUUUUCCAAGACUUUUCAUGAUUUCCCAAAUAAAAUGAACUAAACCAUGGGUUUGUUUGUGUA